UUACACAUCACAUAUCCAAGGAGCUAACUACGCUAAAGCUAGGCUAACUAGCUGCUACUGAGUGACAUGUAGUCAACUUUACACUCAGUCUCAAUGAAGGAGCUUCCACAGUGAUUGGGACAUGGAGUUAAGAAAUAUCAAGGACCAGUCUCCAUUGGUCCAGGCUAUAUUUAGCCGAAACGCAGAAGAAGUGACAUUUUUGUUGGACCAUAAUGAAGAUGUCAAUUCACUGCAAGACCAAGAACAAAGCUCCCCACUUCAUGCUGCUGCUUAUCUGGGUGAUGUCAACAUUAUGGACCUACUUAUUACUUCAGGUGCAAAAAUCAACGCUAAGGACCAGGGUUUACUGACUCCUUUACAUCGAGCAGCUGCCUCUAGAAAUGAAAAAGCUGUGGCGCUGCUACUAAAGCACGGAGCAGAGGUCAACACACAGGACAAGUAUGGUCAUACACCUUUACACAUGGCAGCUGCAAAGUGGGCCACAGGCUGCGCUGAAGCUCUGAUACCACACGUGUGCAGCCUGGACGUAGCCGACAGGUCAGGAAGGACACCUCUGCAUCAUGCAGCGCACAGUGGCCAUGAAGAGAUGGUGAACUUGCUCCUGAAAAAAGGCGCCAACGUAAGUGCCAAAGAUAAGAAGGACAGGCAGGCAAUCCACUGGGCUGCAUACCUUGGACAUGUCGAGGUUGUGAAGUUGAUGGUGUCUCACAGUGCUGAUGUGACGUGCAAGGACAAACGUGCUUAUACUCCGCUCCAUGCUGCAGCUGCCAGUGGACAGUUGGACAUGGUCAAAUAUCUGUUGAGACUGGUGGUGGAGACCGAUGAACCUAACAUUUUUGGGAGCACAGCGCUCCACAUGGCCUGUCACACGGGACAGGACACUGUGGCCACUGAGCUGGUGAACUGUGGUGCCAACAUCAAUCAGCCCAACCACCACGGCAGCACGCCGCUGCAUCUGUCUGCCGCCUCUUCCAGCGGGGUGCUGUGUCUCGAGCUGCUAAUCAACAAUGGUGCUGAUGUCAACGUGCAGAAUAAAGAAGGGAAGAGCCCUCUGCAUAUGGCUGCUAUGCACGGGCGCUUCACAGGCUCCCAGAUUCUGAUCCAAAAUGGUGGGGAGAUCGACUGUGCUGAUAUGUUUGGAAACACUCCUCUUCAUGUUGCUGCCAGAUACGGUCAGGAGUUGCUGAUCAGCACUCUGCUGACGAACGGUGCUGAUAAGACCAAACAGGGUAUUCAUGGGAUGCUUCCUCUGCAUUUGGCGGUGCUCUACGGAUUUCCAGACUGUUGUCGAAAGUUACUGUCCAAUGGCCAGUUUUACAUCAUGCCGUCUCAAGUGCCGUCAGCUGGGGAUGAUAUUAACAUCUCGGACGACCACGGAAGGACCUGCCUGCAUGCAGCUGCCUCUGGCGGAAAUAUUGACUGUCUGAACUUGCUGUUGAACAGUGCCACUGCUGAACUGGAUGUAAAAGAUAAUUUGGGACGAUCUCCUUUGCACUAUGCUGCCGCUAACGGAAACAGCCAGUGCACGAUCUCCCUGGUGAGAGCCGGCGCGGAGGUCAAUGAGCUGGAUCUGACGGGCUGCAGCCCGCUGCACUACGCCGCUGCUUCACACACCUUUUGUGGAGGGGAAACGAGCUCUGAGCCUGAACACAGUGAGGGAACGCAACACGAAGCCUCUCUGUGUUUAGACUUCUUGCUUGACAAUGGGGCGAACCCAACUCUGAAAAACAGCAAGGGUUACAGCGCCGUCCACUAUGCAGCAGCUUAUGGGAACAAACAGCACCUGGAACUGCUCCUGGAGAUUUCCUUCAACUGUCUAGAAGAGGUUGAAAGUAAUAUUCCCGUCAGUCCUUUGCACUUAGCUGCGUAUUACGGUCACUGUGAGGCGCUGCGUUUGCUUUGUGAGACGCUUGUGAGUCUGGAUGUCCGGGACAUUGAAGGCAGAACUGCCCUCCACCUGGCUGCUCGGAGAGGUUUUGCCCCGUGUGUGGAGGUGCUGCUCAAGCAUCAAGCCUCUUACACACUGAAGGAGCAGAAGCGCAAGUGGACGCCUCUCCAUGCUGCAGCUGCUGAAGGCCAAAUGGACUGUCUGCUUUUGUUGGUCAACGGGGAACAAAGUGCCGACGUCAUCGACAGUCCGGAUACACAGGGACAGACGGCUCUCAUGCUGGCAGCUCUGGGCCUUCACACCGACUGUGUCCACAUCCUGUUGGAGAAAGGUGCAAAGGCGGAUGCUGCAGACAAAAAGGGCUUCACUGCAUUACACAGAGCUGCCAUGCUGGGCAGUGAGGACUGUGUCUCUGCUCUGUUGGAACAUGGGGCCUCUGCUCUGUGUAGAGACUCUCAGGGAAGGACCCCGCUGCAUCUCGUAGCGUCCCGCGGCCAUACAGAAUUACUUCGAACUUUGCUAAAGGCUGCUACGAAAGCUGACCCUCUGGACUCCAUAUUGGACUACAGAGGCUACACGCCCACCCACUGGGCUGCCCACCACGGGCGUGAAGGAUGUUUACACAUUUUACUUGAAAACAAGCUUUUUAGCAACCAGGAGGGACAUUUCUUCACCGCAUUGCACUGUGCUCUAGUUAAUGGACAUGAUGUUGCUGCUGGACUUCUAGUGAAGGCUGUUGGCCCUCAAAUUGUUAACGUUAGCGAUGCCAAAGGAAGGACCCCGAUGCAUGCGGCUGCUCAUUCAGGAAACGUUGCUGGGCUCCAGCUGGUCCUGGCCCAGGGAGCAGAAGUCAAUGCCGUGGAUCAUUGUGGGUGCUCUGCCGUGAUGGUUGCUGCAGACUGUGGACAGACUAAGGCUGUUGAGUUCUUGCUGCACAAAGCGAAGCCAGACCUGACCCUGGUGGAUGUCAAUAAUAACACUGCCCUUCACUUAGCCUGCAGCAAGGGUCAUGAGAUGUGUGCCCUGUUGAUCCUUGGAGAGAUCAGCGACACCUCCCUCAUAAAUGCAACAAAUAGCGCUCUCCAAAUGCCUCUUCACAUUGCAGCAAGGAAAGGCCUGGCUACUGUAGUGCAGGUGUUGUUGAGCAGAGGAGCAGCCGUCAUGGCCGUAGAUGAGGAAGGCCACACGCCGGCUCUGUCCUGCGCCCCAAACAAGAACGUGGCCGACUGUCUGGCCAUGAUCCUUUCCACCAUGAAGCCUUUCCCUCCCAGAGAGGCCGGCGCCGGUACAGCCUCCCACUUCAACCCCAUCCUGAAGAACUGCGGUAUUGCUGCCACCUGUGGCUCCAGCGGUAACCUCUGUCACGCCUAAGUCAAGCAGCCGCAUGUCCCGUAGGCCUGUCCCGAUAACUACUUCAGUUGCACGAUAUAUUGUCCAACAAUAUUAUUGUAAUUUCAAGACCAUUUUAUGCCACUGAUGUAAUGAUGAUAUAAUGGCAUAAUAAUACCCUACUUUUAAAGAGCAAUGGACUGAAUUAUUAAGAAUAAUCAGACGUAAAUCAAAUAAAACCACACAAGCAAAACGGUCAAUAAAAUGAACUCUCAGGCUCUGUUAACAAAAGUUGCACUUAAAUAAAUAUUGAACAUUUGGCACAGGGGCAUUAUUCAUUCCUUAAACCCCUUGGAAAUCAAGUCCAUUUGGACUUUCUGGCUGGUCAGUUGCCUCCGGGAAAAACACAGAUAAGCCUCAACGUUGUGUGUGCGUGCGUGUGCGUGCAUGCGCGUGCGUGCGUGUGUGUGUGUGUGUGUGUGUGUGUGUGUAGGCAACAGUUGCAGCGCGACCAGAAAUGACAUCAAAACCUGUCUCGGCAUCGUUGUUUUUUCUGUUUAGACGCUGUGAAGUAUUCUAAUGGUCGGGAAACACCUGCUGUUUAUUCUGGCAUCAUGUUGGCUGAUAUAUUGUUGACAUUCUUAUGUAAACAGACACACAUGUAAACGCAAAGGGCAAUAUCACAUUCAGCAAAAACGAUCGAGGUCAUGUCCAUAUAUCGUACGAUAAGUCGAUAACGUAAUUAUCUUGACAGGCCUACGCACGGGGGCUGUGGGCCUGCACAGGUGGAGGAGUGAAAUUUCAUCCCAGUGUAGCCCAAAGUCUACACACACACACACACACACACAACAUUUAUACAUGUGUGUCAGCUGCUUGCACACUAUGUGCUCGUGCACCAGCAGCAUCGAUUGCCUCCUUUAAAAUCUCGUCUUACACUUUUCUGAUAUUAGAAAACCUCUUAGAUUAUUGUCUCUGCCACGUGAGUUGAGUUUAGCACACACACAUGUUAUUUUAAGGUACUAACCAUCAGAAAGGAGUGGGAGUUUGACAUGAGAGGACUACACGAGCCUCUCCACUUGAACCCCGUCCGCUGUCAGUAUUGGGUUGAAUUUUCGUUAACCACAAAACCUAAAAUCUCCGUGUUCGUCUUCACCUGAUACAAGUGCAAGAAUACUCGGAUGGUUGUGUGUUUGUUUUACGUAUGUGUGUCUGCAAGAGCUAUUUUGCAUAUUAGACAUUGCUUCUUAAUAUACUUGUUUUAAAAUAUCUAACAGGUGCUUUAAACCUUUUAUGCAAUUAAUAAGAAUAUUUUUCUAUCCUGUCCAAAGUGUAGCAGACAGUACACUGAAUAACAUUAUUAUUCAAAUAUUAUCAGGAUUUACACGAGUUACAUUUCAGUUUAGUAAAGUCACAAGCAUGUGUAUAGUAGUAGUUGUAUAGUUUACAGAGUAUAGUGUAUAUAAAGUUCUUUAAAAACCUUUUACUUAAUAUCUUGAAAAUCCCAAAUUAUCGAGCAUUAACCUCAGGUCACUGCGUACUGUACUGUGGGUGCAAUAAAUGGCACAUUUUGAGCUGGAUGUUGCAUAACAAAUGUAUGACGAGUAUCAUGUUUCAGUUGAAUAAGCAAGAGAAUAAAACAAAUAAAGAAUUAAUAAAAUAUGUGUUUAUGAGCAAAAAAACGUAAGUCUAUUGCAAAUGUGUCAUUUCAAGUCUGCAACUAAAGACUGAUUUAAUUUUUGAUUAAUUGGUUGAUUCUUUUCUUUUUUAAUCAUGAUAAAGUUCACAAUUCAAGUUAAACGAGCCCAAGGUGACGUCUUUAAAUUGCUUGUUUUUUUUCCAUCCAUAUUCUCAAACCCAAAGAUAUUUAAUUUACACUAUCAGACUAAUAAAAGCAGCAAAUCGUUUAAGAAAAUGAAAUUUUUCUGGCAAUUUCUGUUCUGUGACGAAUAAGUAAAAUGUUAAUUAUCAAAUGGUCAAUUCAUUUUCAGUCAAUUUAUUAUUUCAGCGCCACAUUUUUACCUUUUUGUUGUUGCUGUAAUGUUGUCCCUGUGCAUCGAAACUGGGUAAAAGAAACCACUCGCAUCUAAUGCCUCUAUCAAUCUCUGUGAAACUGAAAUUAUUGUCUCGUAAAUAUUUCAAGUAAUUUACGAAUGAAGAAAAAUAAAUUUGGCAACACACAGAAUUGUUUUUUUUUAUUCAUAGUUUUUUACUUGUUAAAUAAUUUAGCACAAUGGUACAAAUAUGUCUAUGCCUCUCUUUAAAGAUAACAUUUUUAUAAAUGAAGGUUUGCAUUAAAUCAUUUGAAAGUACACAGACUUUGAUAUUUUCCUUUUUUGCUAAUUGAUUUCAUUUCCCCCCCCCCCCCCCCAGUAAUACCUGCUGUGUAAUCUUAAAAUGGCUUUAAACUAUUUGCACUCUGACAUAAUACGUAAGGGUGACCUUAAAUUUAUGCAAAUAUACAACAUUUGAAAGUGCAUUUUAAAACUUUAGCUUUCAAAUUAGAAAUAAGAUCCAUAAGAGCGUGUCCUUCGUUCAUUUGGAUGAAAUUACUGUGAGAAAACAGUUUGACAUUUCUAAACGCAAGUUGCAGUGAAAUGUUUUGAACAAUGUUUGUCUUUAGCAAGUGCUCUUUUCAUGUGAACAAAGUGUGUCCUUUGUACUUUUUACUGAGAUUUCAGGGUGUAACUGCCAACUUGAGUACUCUGUAUGAUCUAGUUGUGGAAGGCAUUCAAUUGAGAGAAAAUAAAUAAAUCACAACCAUGA